GGCGACCACCUUGAUAAAGUUUUACCAUCUCACUGCAGAUGUCGCUGCUCUAGCAGCGGCUCGUGGUGUUGUCAGUGUUGUGAUAAGUUGUUCUUUUAGAGUUUUCACAUUUAACGGCCGUUCCCCUGCUAUCCUCGAGAUGAACAUCGCGCUUGAAGUGAGACCGCUGCUCAAAGUUUGCAAAAUCAAACUGACGGUGCGAGUCAACAAGGAUGAAGAGGCCCCCCGCCUGCAAGUAGAAUGCACCGCUUCGUCCCUGACCGCAACACUCGAGAAGCCGAACCGCGAAGUUCAAGAGAGCACCGAACUGAUACUGCCCACUCACCUCAAGUUCAAGCCGGACACUCGCUCACCGCUGAAAAACACACGGAUCCCUCGUAGCGACAAUCCGGUGCAAGGAACAAGCGAGUAUCGCGAAGUGACUUUCAGCAUCCACGUGAAAGAAGACGAAGCUGGAAGUUGUUCUCUCGAACCGCUUGAAUCGUCUGAUGGGCCAGUUAGGACGACUGACAUUGCGAAGCCCGUAGCGGGCUGUCCUUACGCUAUCCUGUGCAGAAAGUGCAAGAACGAGUUGGUCCCUAAGGAUACCGUGUUUCGGAGGGUAUUACCGCUUCCUUCCGCCGACUGGAAAGAGAUGGCAGCCGAGUGGUUUUGCCACAAGCACGAGUCCGAGAAAGAGUUGCCGACGAAGUUGGCGCCCAAGCCAGACGAAAUGUUCACGUCGGUGUCGUACCUGCAUCUUCACGGAUCGUUGGUCGGCGGUGUCGUGGACGGGGGAGACGCAGGCGACUGGAUUCGUUGCGGCAAGUGUGACAGUGUGGUGGCGAAGCGCGAAGAGGAAGGUGUCGUGGCUGUUCUGCAGAUGCGGGUGGACAUUGUCUCGUGGAAAGAAGACGAACCCAAACUCGUGCUGAGAACGGAUGCGGCUUCGUUGAUGCGUGGAUUGAUGAAGGAGCAGAUGGCGCUGAGUAUGUCCUGCAGGAUACUCCUCGAGACGGAGGAGACAUCGUUGCUUCUCUGGCUCAUGGAAACAGGACUGGAAAUGUUCCGAGCGACGAACCUUGCGUCCGGACCUCACCAUGUCCGGUUCACCAGAGUAACUAAGGUCCUGUUCCUGCUGACGGACACUGAGAGCACCGUGGUCCGUUCCUGGAGAGACGAUCCCCUGGUCGACGUCCAGCCAGUGGACACGGAGGUCCUCGGUGAGGCCUCCUCCCUGCUUCUGGAAUCCUCCGAGCCGCAGGCGGCCUGGGAGGACUUCCGAGUGGGCUUCGUGCCCGAGGGCCGGACUCCCGAUGCCCCGAACCCCCUCCGCGAUCUAGUCGGGGCGCUACCCAAACUUGAGAAAGAAGGACCUUCUGUGGGGGCAGUGGGUGCAUGCAGCUAGGAAUUUCGUCUAAACGAAAGAGGCAGCUUUUCCAACAUGAAUAAAGUUGGUUGGUGUUUUCA